UAGAGCGGAAAGUCUUCUAAAAUGGCGAACCGUACAGUGAAAGAUGCGCAUAGCAUACACGGCACCAACCCUCAAUAUCUGGUGGAGAAGAUCAUUCGGACGCGAAUCUAUGAGUCCAAGUACUGGAAAGAGGAGUGCUUUGGCCUUACGGCUGAACUUGUAGUCGAUAAAGCCAUGGAGUUAAGGUUUGUAGGUGGCGUCUAUGGAGGCAACAUAAAGCCAACUCCCUUUCUGUGUUUGACCUUGAAGAUGCUGCAAAUUCAACCUGAGAAGGAUAUCAUUGUAGAGUUUAUAAAAAAUGAAGAUUUCAAGUAUGUCCGCAUGUUGGGGGCACUUUACAUGAGGCUGACAGGCACUGCAAUUGAUUGCUACAAGUAUUUGGAGCCUCUCUACAAUGACUAUCGGAAAAUCAAGAGCCAGAACCGAAAUGGUGAGUUUGAACUGAUGCAUGUGGAUGAGUUUAUUGAUGAGCUUCUGCACAGUGAGAGAGUCUGUGACAUCAUUCUGCCCCGGCUUCAGAAACGCUAUGUGUUGGAGGAAGCUGAGCAACUGGAGCCUCGGGUGAGUGCCCUAGAAGAGGACAUGGAUGAUGUGGAGUCCAGUGAAGAAGAGGAAGAGGAGGACGAGAAGUUGGAGAGGGUGCCAUCACCUGAUCACCGCCGGAGAAGCUACCGAGACUUGGAUAAGCCCCGUCGUUCUCCCACACUGCGCUACAGGAGGAGCAGAAGCCGGUCUCCCAGGAGGCGGAGUCGAUCUCCCAAAAGGAGGAGCCCUUCCCCUCGCCGAGAAAGGCAUAGGAGCAAGAGUCCAAGACGUCACCGCAGCAGAUCCCGAGAUAGACGGCACAGAUCUCGCUCCAAGUCCCCAGGUCAUCACCGUAGUCACAGACACAGGAGCCACUCAAAGUCCCCUGAAAGGUCUAAGAAGAGCCACAAGAAGAGCCGGAGAGGGAAUGAGUAAUGGACUCAGUUUGGUUUUCGUUGUAAUGGCCUCCUGAAGAUAUGACGGUAUCUGUCUAUGUGGAAGGAUUAAGAUCAGCUCCCUAGGCAGCUAUAAGAAUAUUUGGGUUUUUCCAUUUUUUUUUUUUUUUUUUAAAUGAAAGAGGUGCUGAGUUUUGUGAAGAUAACCCUUUUUGAAUCGUAAUGUACAUGUUUAGGGAAUGAUGCUUCUUAAGGGCUGCUUUUGACCCCUUUUGUACAUAUAACCUGAACUGUACCCAGAUUAAAUUUACAAGGACGGGACGGAUUUAGGUUGGAGGGGGUGUAUGAAUGUCAGAAAGAGGAUGUGGCGAUCUGCCGACCCUUUCCUUUUUUUAACUUGUUAUUAAACGUGACACACCCAUU